AUGCCUCCGUAUUUUACGCAUUUCUGGCAGCAGCGAAGUGACGAAACUGUGUCGCCAAACACCGAGUUUUACUCGCAGCUUGUCAAUCCUGGCGAUGUCUUUAGCGUCCUCCUGCUCCUGGGCGGCGAUGUUGUUGCUGUCGCGCUCGCGCAACUGGCUGGCAGUGGCCUUGCGCCAGUAACAUUUUCUUUUGGGUGGGUUGGAUAUUCCGUCUACGCGCUUAUGGCCGCCUUUUCGCAGAAUAGGCUCAUGCCCUCAGACCCCGAUUGCAAAUGCAAGAUAAUCAAUGGUGAGAAUGGCUAUGUUAGGGAUAAUACGAGCUGGAUUCUCGGCAGGAUUAUGCGAGAUUUUGAAUACUGGCGUGACCCGAGAGUAGCGCAGAGGACUGCAGACGUCUUGGACGCCAAAUGGGAGGAGAUGAAGCGCGAGAAUGUAGAUGCGCAGCGUCCCCUUCGUGCAGGUCUUAUCAUUUCGAUAUACGAGCCGUGCAAAUCAGUCGCUGCUGGUACGGUGAAAUCUGAUUUCGUAUAUUGUGUUGGUUUUUUUGUUAUUCUUCUACAGCUGGGCAUCGCAGCUAUCCCUUGGGGCUUAUACGGCGACUGGGCUGUUCUGCUCAUCACUACCGUCGGCACCGUCCUAGCUCUCGUUACAGGGCUACUGCCGCAGUGGAAGACGGAGAAAUGGACCUGCCGAACUCAUUCAGACAAGACAUAUAUACUAACUAAAGGAAACGGCGCGCAAAAUGCCAUUGUUGUGCUCGGCAAUGGGGCUGGCUUCAACUUGGAAGAUCUGGCGUCAGGUCAAACCAACGUCGACGUUACCACCAAUCGACUAACCCGCUGGUCUAUUAUCAUACUCUUUUUCCUCUGGAUCUUCUUCCUUAUAGCGGCUGCAGGCAUCAAGCAAAACACUUGGUUCUUGUUAGCAAUAGGUGGUAUUGGUAUUGUACAGAGCAUCUACGUGUCAAGCCGCCAGCGCCGGCCCGAGAACUUUGGAAUCCCUCUAAAGUUUGUGCAAGUCAUAGCAGAAACAAGAGUAAUGGAUAGUCUGCUUGGGGCGGAAAGGAGCUAUGAGAAUCUCGGGAGAGUACUACUGCCCGAGUUCUUCCCGGGCACGCUACGAGCAGAGGAGGCGGCGAGAUGGGAUGAGAUACAUGACUUGCACACUUCCAAGAAAGAGACAGUGGUGGCUAUGAAUUCGGACAAGAAGAGGAAGGUUACCCCUAGCCAUAGCGUCGCAAAAUAG